AUGAUUCGGGAGUCGGAGGCGAUCGGCAAAGAGGGCAAGGGCGACGGAGGGGGCCCGGAUGCGGAGAAGGCGAAUCCCCCCACUGCCGCUGCGGUGCACGGCGAGGAGGUUCUGUUGAUCAAGAGCCUGCAGCCGCUUUCGGUCGUGAAGAUAUGCCUGCGCCGGCUAGGCCUGGCGCAUACGGGUGUCCAAGGCGAGGCGGAGGUGGAGGUGGAGGGGGGCGCCGAGCUGCAGCGCCUGGUGGGGCAGGUGGUAGACCACAGGCGCGUCGCCGUCGUGAUGGACGAGCUGCAGGAGAGAGUGACGAUGAGGAGGAGGGAGAAAUUGGCUGAGUCGGAAGGGCGGUCUCUGCCAGGUCAAGGCAAAGCCGCAAGAAGGAAGGAGGGCAAGGGCAACAAGAAGAACCCCGCGGAUAUCGACGGGCGACAGGGAGGGGCACGGAAGAACGGGGCAGCACGAGCCGCCGCCGCCGCCGCCACGGCCGGCUCCGCGUUCGUAUCGCUGUCGGGGGAAUCCCCUAGCGACGACAACGACGCGGGACCCAGCAGAGCAAGCAGGGGUGGCAGCGGCGGCAGCGGCGGCAGCGGUGACCGGGAGGACAGCCGCGGGGGAACGGCGGGGGGCGAGGCCUUGCACGGGUCGUGGGCGGCGAAGCGGGCGCUGAAGGACAAGGAGGCUUCGGCGACAAAGGCGUUCAGCGGGAAGAGGAUUACCUUCGGCGACGACGACGACUGA